CUUCCGGGUCUAAGCGGAAGUGACGCCAUGGGCCGCACCAACACAACAAUAACAGCGCCGCGGUGGAAGAUGUCAGUGAGGAACGACGCCAGACUAGGAAGGUGGUCGUAACCCUUGGCUGUUGAGAUUUUAAUAUUCUCAAGAAAACUGAAGUAAAAGCCAUAAGAAAACACAUCAUAUAACUGAGAUUCGAAUAAUGGAAUCAUCUACAAAUCUAGAUGUUGGAGCCCAGUUAAUUGUGGAAGACUGUUCUGGCAGCUAUAGCCUGUCUCACAUGCCAGAUAUUAAAGUGGAGCCUCACCUCGAUUCCAGUGUUGAAGAAGGACCAGCUCAGAGUGUCGCCAUGGGAAUGAAAUUCAUUUUGCCCAAUAGGUUUGAUAUGAAUGUGUGUUCUCGGUUUGUCAAAUCAUUGAAUGAAGAAGACAGCAAAAACAUUCAGGAUCAAGUGAACUCUGACCUUGAAGUGGCAUCUGUAUUAUUUAAAGCUGAGUGCAAUAUCCAUACUUCUCCUUCUCCUGGAAUUCAAGUAAGACAUGUCUACACCCCAUCAACUACGAAGCACUUUUCUCCCAUAAAGCAGUCAACCACAUUAACUAACAAGCACAGGGGAAAUGAAGUUUCUACAACCCCUUUGCUUGUAAACUCUCUUUCUGUUCACCAGCUGGCAGCUCAAGGGGAAAUGCUGUAUUUAGCUACACGCAUAGAGCAAGAAAAUGUAAUCAACCAUACGGACGAAGAAGGCUUUACCCCUCUGAUGUGGGCUGCAGCUCAUGGGCAGAUAGCAGUGGUAGAAUUUCUGCUUCAAAAUGGUGCAGACCCACAGAUUCUUGGAAAAGGGCGAGAGAGUGCACUAUCACUGGCCUGCAGUAAAGGAUACACAGACAUUGUCAAGAUGUUGCUCGACUGCGGAGUUGAUGUAAAUGAAUAUGACUGGAAUGGUGGUACACCUUUGCUCUAUGCUGUGCAUGGGAACCAUGUAAAAUGUGUCAAAAUACUCUUAGAGCAUGGUGCUGAUCCUACUAUAGAGACAGACUCCGGAUAUAAUUCCAUGGAUCUGGCUGUAGCCCUGGGCCAUCGUACUGUUCAACAGGUUAUUGAGUCACACUUAUUAACACUCCUUCAAAACAUCAAAGAAUAAUGGCAUUUUCGUCAUGAGACAAGACUUCGUAUGUGAAGAAAAACUGGGUUUUAGGACUGAUCAACAUGAAAAAGACUUGAUUUUUUAAAAAAUCAGUACCGUGGUCCCACCAUUGUUGGAGGACGGCAGGUGGGGAAGACUCUCAUUACUUUAGGCGGUCCUAGUUUGCAACCCAAACCAGGGAUUUUGGCAGUGUCUGUUGGCCUGCACGUUUUAAGCAGUUAUUGGUUGUGCAGAUGGAAAAGUUAGCAGCACCAGAGCUGCAGUGUUGAGCGUGGCCUGCCACCAGCAAGCCUUUCCCUUGCAGCAGUGCUGCUUUAUCAUACCAGAAAAAGACAGUGUACAAAAUCUCAUGACGGGGACUGUUGUGUAAGAAACUUCCUCAGCUACAUUUUUGGGCAAGAGAGUGCUUGACGUUUGGAUUCAGGAAAACUUUCUGAGGCUUUGCUCAGGCAACACUUCUCUCAUUGGUAAGAUUUUAACAUGAUUCAGUUUCACGUAUUUGGCUGGCGUUUGUCAAACCACAUCUAUCCUACUUGCAAAUAUUUCAUGCAAUAUUGAAUAAUCUGUUUGACAAAGGAAUUGGAGAGAAUUUAACAUCGUAUAAAAUAACAUACCUCCUUAUUCUUCAUAAUCUAUUAGAAGUCUACUUGGAGCACUACAUUAGUGCAUAUGCUACUGAAAUGAGUCAGCUGGUGCCAGGGAAUGCAGCAUAUGUAUUAAAAUUUGCAGUUAAGAACUGGCUAGGUACUCUUAGGUGAGGGUAGAAAGGCUUUCUCCCUGAUUGUACUCUACAAUCAGCUUGUAUAUCAGCCCACAGAUGUAACUGUGUUACGUU